AUGACACUGAAUACAGACACGGUGCAUAGUGGGAUGGACUUCAUUGACCUCUUGCUCAAGAACCCGGACGAAACCACCGGUUGCCACAGCAACAAACUAUGUACUAUCACAAUUCAUGAAACCCUGAGCCACAAAAGAACGGCUGCUAAUGACUUCCUGGAUGUCCUGCUGGGUGGGAACAACUCCUCCUCCGCUCCAGCAUCCCCGCUGUGGUCACCCGGCACCACUGACAGCGGCAUCAAUGAGGACGCACCGGCGGACCCCAGAGACAGCCACCGCCCGCCCUUCAGCUCAGUUUUUACAGGCUUUGACACGCAGUCUUUCCCUCAGCUCCCACUUCCAGAAAACCAGCCCCCGCCGCAUGAAAGAACGUCUGACGUUUCCAUUGAUCUAGGCUGGAAGUCUGAUGACCUCCAAGAGCCGUUUGACAUUGCACACUACCUCACCACGAACCAGACCUCCAGUCAGACUCUCACAGUCAAGGACCUGCUGCUUUCCAGUCCGGGACAGAACGCGCAGCAAAUCCCCCAGCAUUCCUCACAGGAGCUUGUUCUUAAUGAGGAGGAGAAGAAGCUCCUGGUUAAAGAAGGGGUGCACUUACCCAACAAACUGCCCCUGUCCAAGGUACACGAGCACACUCACUUUGAAGAGAGGGUUUUGAAGAAGAUCCGGCGGAAAAUCCGCAACAAGCACUCGGCUCAAGAAAGUCGGAAGAAGAAGAGAGAAUACGUUGAUAGUCUGGAGGGAAGGAUGUCUGCAUGUGGUGCUCACAACCUCAAGCUGCAGAGAAAGAUGCAGCAGCUGGAGGAGACCAAUAAGGAUCUGCUGGAGCAGCUCAGCCGGCUACAGGCUCUCCUCCCGAACAGCUCCAGCAAAACAAGGCACAGAGGGACCUGUCUCCUGGUUUUGCUCCUCUCCUUCUCCCUGCUCAUUUCCUCAAAUCUUCAGCCAGACCCCUACAGCCAACCCAGCCAGGGAGAGUACACACAGACCAAAGUGCCGUCCCGCACCCUGCAGUCGAUGGAUGAAGUGGGAGACGUCGCUCCUGUUCCUCUCUUCUCCAUUUCCAGAGGCUUCGAGGCUCUGUGUUGGCUGAUGGAGAAGCUCUGA